GGGGGCAGUACCACCUAUUUUCGUCACAGCAGGGAAUAAAACGGCCCGGCUGCCAUUUGCUAUAUCUCCGGCUGUAAUCCCCCAAUUAGCACACCUACUAUUCUCAACCAUGUUACCCUUCUGAGGACACCAAGAGGGUUUGGAAGAAAAUGGACAUGAUGUCACAUUAGGAACAUUUGUCAGUCUCAAUACAGCAUCAGGGGGUUCUGUGCAGUAAUUGUGGUAGAGUUCUCUUUAAAAUGAAUACAAAUACAGUCUUCCUUUGUUUGUUGCGGUUAAUUGGUUUCAGACCCGACCGUGGGAAGUGAAUUUCUGCGAAAUAGGAUUAAUAAAUGCAACAUUUUCAGUUACAGCAUAGAAAACCUGUUUAUGACCUUCUAAAUACAGUUUUUAACAUUAUUUAGAGCCAUGUAGACAUGAAAUAACAUGUCUUUGGUCACCUUUACACUCAUAUUACCUACUAUGGUAGACAUGAUCAGCGAUAAUAAGAUAAUAACUCACACGUUAGCAUUGGGAAAGGUCCUUGUUGUUGUAGUAUCUCGAGUAUAGUGUGGGUCGAUCGCAUGGCAUUAAAAAAAAGAUCAGCCUAUCAUCCAUCCUCACUAUGAUGUUUGUGACAUGGAUCUGACAUACACGUACAUCUGCAAAAUAAUGGACACCGCUAUCUUUGUUCACACCACACUGUGCAACUCUUACACGCAGGCUACGUGAUCUCUGCAGGGACACACGAGACAGCCGCUGCUUUAAACAUAGCAAGCUAUUGCGCUAACUAGUUAGCCUCCAAUUUAUUUCUUCUAAACUUAAAGGGUUUGAAACUUGAGUGGGGAAGAAGGACAAAGUAAGAAGUCAAAAACUUCCCACUUCCACACUGAAUGGGAGGAGAACUUUUUUUCACCAUGUCACAUCUAUGACUGGCAAUCAUUUGGAGCGACUGUCCGAACUCUGCAUCCAUGGCUGACUCCAUGCAGUGCAAGUUAAGGUAAUGUAAUGUAAGGUCAUGCCUCAUCAAUGUAACAUUACUGAUUCCUAGUGACAAGUGUAGAAUAUUACAUAUGACUUGUUUCUUUAUAGUUUUUGACUAAUAAUAGGCCAUAGUCAGCCAUGAAAAACUGUGAUAGAGUGAGGGAGUGAUGUUCGAACCGCGAAGUGGCGAGGGAUGACUGUGUACCAGUGAGUGACAAUCUAUUAUCUACCUGGCCAUCUCUUCCUCUUUCUACUUAUUUUUCUUUGCUAAAGGAGGCACAAUUGGUGUCAGAAGAGGGAUGGGUAGCUCUGAUGAGUGAUCAGACGGAGACAUUCUUCGAACAAGUGAGCCGUGUCUGAUUAACCCCAGGAAGGGGGAUGAUCGGGGAUGUCUCGUCUCUGGAAAGGGAAGCGUUUUGGUACCUGUACAGGUUUUUCAACACUAUGCGUCCACACAAGUGUAGGUUAAACAUAAUGCAGUGCAAGCUUGCACGUCGUUGUUAACAUGUCAAGCGCAUUCGUACAAAGCUCAUGACCACCAAGUGACCUAUUUUAUCACACUCCGUCUACCAUCUUUUAUAAGCUUCUCUGCCUUUAUCUUUGGUGCUGGACUCAUUGGGCAAUGACCCCAUGUCCUGACGCCCAUCUGACCAGUGGAGCGUGACAUCUCAACCUGAGGCUGAAGCAUCUGUCUAGACUUGAUUGAUUUUUUUCAACAUGUUGACUUAAUUUAAAAAUCAUGUAUAGAAAAUGUACAUAGAAUACACCAUCCCAUUCUUUCUGAUACAUUUCUGAUUUGACAACAAAAACUAAGAAGCAGUCGAGUUCAUUCUGUAAUGGAAUUUGCUGCUUUUCCCCACCGAUCGCUGAACUUGUGGCCUACAUGUUUGUCAUUCCAUAGUAAAGUACAGAGCGUCUGUGGCCCGUCACACACACCACAAACUUGUUGGAUCUUCACCUCUAGACUUCUAUUUCUUCUCCUCUCUCAUCUGCUUUGGCCUGUUUUUCCUACCCUUUAGCCUGAUGUAACUUUUCUUCCACAUUUUCAUCCUCAAAGACAAAACCACACAAGAUGGGACUGUGGACAGGCAGGACGGUGACGUUACACACAUUCACAUGCACAUGCAUUCCUGUCCUUAAACGCAUCAUCUUAAAUGCUCAUGAUGUCUGUCAUAGUUUCACAGUUCAGUACUUCAAAAACAAAGUUAAAAUGACACAUAAAAGAUUUUAACUGGCACCUGCAUAGAGCCAUACAGUCUCAUCACUUAAAGGGAAACUGCACUUUGAUGGAAUUUAGCCCAUUGUGCGUUCUAAAGAUAUAAAAACAGAUAAAAGAGGCAGCUAAGAAUGCACGUAAUGGGACACACCUAUUCCGCCUAUAAAGCCUUCUGGAAAAAAAACGCUCCAUUUGCUUAAUGUGACCUGCAUAUUAACCAAUCUACAACGACAUUGUUAUUGUUAUUAACAUUGUUACGCCAAAGAACUAUGUUACUGGCGUAGUGACACCCCGCCACACCACACUGGCUAGCUACUAGCCGGCCAGCGAUUAUUAUGGGUAUAAAGUCAUAAUCUAUUUACAAAAAGAUACAAGAAUAAAGGCAAGAUAUUAUGGGAAUAACGGCACGACACAAAGAAAAUUUUCAAGAAGAAAGUUGAAAUAGUUGGGAAAUAAAAAAAAAAAAACAGAAAUUGAAAAAAAAAAAUUAUGAGGAAAAAAAGUUGUAUUAUAACGAGAAAAAAAGUUGUGAUUUUACAUGAAUAAACUCAUAAUAUUAUGAGGAAAAAGAUGUCAUUUUUGUAGCAUAGUUGAGUUGAAAUAUUAAAGAAAAAAUAUGUUGUUUAUUAAAAGUUGCAAUAUUAUGAGAAACAACAAAAUAAAGUUGUAAUUUUUGGAAAAUUAGGAUGGGCGAAAAGUUGUAAUAUUAUGGAAAUCUCUCAAAAUGUUAUGGGAAUAAAGUCAUAAUAUUAGGAGAAGAAAUUUACUUAUUUAAUUUAUUUAAGACUGAGAAGAAAGUUGAAAUAUUUAGAAAAAUGCACUAAAAAAAACAGCAAAAAUGGGGGAAAAAAGAGCAAAAAAGAGUGAAGUUGACACUAAUAAUAGGCUUUUUCAACUAUAGUAUGUCAAAAAGCAAGCUGAGAUGCAGUUUUUUCUUGAAAUAUAUAUAACUUCUUAGCAUACUGUAUAUAUCAAAGUGGCCCUUGCAUCCUUUCAUUUCCACUAUGUGGACCUCGCUGGGGAAAGUUUGGGCACCCCCGAGUUAAGUUCUAGAAUAGUGUAUAUCUACUGAAGUACCUAUUAGCCCCAACCUUCCCCGAUAGAGGCCUACUCUGCAGCUCGGCCCCUGAGGUGGCCGCAUAUUUGUUGGCUGACUAAGGAAUGUGGUUACAUGCCUUGGACAUUAGCUAUGACGGCGCGCUGGCUCCACUGGAGAGGGAGUGUACAAGGGAGCUAGCAGAGAAGGAGGGGAGGGCAGAGUCUGGCCUCACGGCAAAUGAGCUCAUUCACCCUCCGAGCUUAAAGAGAGCGAGCGGCGGCGGCGUCAUCCGUCGUUUGUAGAGAGAGCGAUCGGGUAGAGCAGAGUGGGAGUGGAGAGGGAGGAGUGUACGCUAGCGAGUGAGCGAAUGGGAGAUGGGGAGAGUGGAGCAGCACAACAAUAGUGAGCUGCUCUUCUUGCUGUGGAGUCACUGAGAAAGAGAGAGCCCUCGCUAAGACACGCAGACGCUGUCAGAGCAGCUGUGGGCAGAAUACAGCUGCAGCAGUUGUGCUCUCUCUCAGUGACCGCCAUUCUUAACAAAACCUCACAAUCACUAAAUAUUUAUCUGAGAGCAUUUCUGGGAUUUUCGCCUUCGUGUGGGAUUUUGGCCACAUGUGGACUAGUUUGAGGAGCCUUUAUUUUUCUUGCCAGUCGCUGAGGUUCAUUUCCAAGGCCCUGGAACAGCUCACUUAACCAGUGUGGACUCUCAAGUUGAGCAGUUUGGGAUUUUUGCAUACUUCCGUCCAGCAGCUCUAUUAGGAGGAGGCUUUUUUUUUGUCGAGCGAGGGGUUGCUCCAUCCCUGCAAAAGCAGCCAGAGCCUUUCCAUCGGUGUGUGUGUGUGUGUGCGCACACAAGCCAGAGUGUGUUCUGGGGGAUGCCUCUAGAUGUGGUGAUAUCUCCAGCAGAGGACCGUUUCUGGCCGGACCUGCAGGAAACAGACAUGAGGCUGAAGAUCAGGGUCCGCCGCAUGAAGAAGGGGAGAGAGCUACGAGGAGGCUUUGCUGCUUUCUCCUCCUGCUUCCCCGGCCUGUGUGAAGGGAAGCCAGCCACUGCUCUUCCUAUGAGCUUGUCCCAGCCCUGCUUGCCUGUGGCUAACGUCGGGCCCACUCGCAUCCUGCCGCACCUCUACCUGGGUUCACAAAAAGAUGUCCUCAAUAAGGAUCUGAUGGUUCAGAAUGGUAUUACGUAUGUGCUGAAUGCCAGCAACACCUGCCCCAAGCCAGACUUCAUCAGCGAGAGCCACUUCAUGCGCAUCCCAGUGAACGACAACUACUGCGAGAAGUUGCUUCCUUGGCUGGACAAAACCAAUGAAUUCAUCGACAAAGCUAAGGUGUCAAACUGCAGAGUCAUUGUGCACUGCCUGGCCGGAAUCUCGCGCUCGGCAACCAUCGCCAUUGCAUACAUCAUGAAGACAAUGGGCCUGUCAUCAGAUGAUGCCUACAGGUUUGUGAAGGACCGAAGGCCAUCCAUAUCCCCAAACUUUAACUUCCUGGGCCAGCUGCUGGAAUUUGAGAAAGGGUUGCGACUACUCCAAGCUUUGACUUCAAGCGCCGACGACAAGAUCUCCGAAGGCAACUCCAAGCUCAGCUCUGAGCUUAAUGGAGUCAACUCGUGUUUUGAGAUGAACGGUCACCAGGGCAACUAUGACUCAUCAGUGACAGAGCCACAAAACCCACCAGAACCCAAGAUAGCGUUACCCUCGUCCCUCCAGCAAGGCUUCAAUGGCUUGCACCUCUCUGCAGACAGGAUCAUGGACACCAACCGUCUGAAACGCUCCUUCUCUCUGGACAUUAAAUCUGUGUACUCCCCUAACAGUCCACAUUCUGCUGGCAUGGCACCAACACACUCUGAAGACGUCCCCAAGCUGUGCAAACUGGACAGUCCAGGAACGGGCACCUCCAACGGUGUCUGCUCCCAGUCUCCCAUCCUGACCAGUCCUUGCUCCUCUGACUCUCCCUUCCCCUCACCUGGCAGCACGGGCAGUGUUGGAGGUUUGGGGCAUGGAGUAAGCGAAGGAGUCCAUCGGCCUGGUUGUUCGUCAUCCAGACCCAGAAGAAAACCCAAGCACAUCUCUGGAAGUUCACCAGUCCAUUUCCAACAACAUCCGCCCCAGUCCCUCAGCCUGUCUCUGGACCAUAAGAGCCCAAGCAUGGAUGAGAACCUAAAGGGUUCCCUGCUUCUGUCACUGCCCUCCAUGGGAUCUGAGGCCAUGUGGACCAAACAUAGAGACACCGUCCAGGCCACCACCCCUGUUACUCCUGUCACCCCCACCACCGAUGUCCCCUGGCACUUUGGGCCGGAGGAGGGGGGCGAGAUGGAGCUCGGCAGUGGAGUGGAUGGUGGGAGAAGCGAGUCUUCUGUGAGAUUCGGGAGCAGCUCGGCGUACGUGGCGUUCGGAUGCAGCGAGGGAGUGCGGUUACGGGACAAACCUAAAGAGAAGCCGCCGGCGCCACAGCGAGACAAGCGGGACUUCACGUCGUCGUCCGCAGUGACCGUGUCCAACGCCGCGAACGGCAGCGGCUCGGCCUCGGAGAAGCAGUUCAAGCGCCGCAGCUGUCAGAUGGAAUUCGAGGAAGGCAUCUCAGACACGCGUUCUCGAGAAGAACUGGGGAAGAUUGGAAAACAGUCCAGUUUCUCUGGGAGCCUUGAGAUCAUUGAGGUAUCCUGACACAUAAUAGACAACAAAAGAGACCUGCUUAGACGGGUCUCUUUCUGCCUCGGCAGCAUUCAGGACUCCCAGCUGAGAGAUGGACUGAGCAAAGCGCUUAACGAGCAGACACAGCUGGCCAGAGACAAUGUCUGACGUGUGCUGCUUACCACAACACAACCUUCUUGAACUCUCUAAGCGCAGGAGAGCUAGGGCCGCAGGUACUCCUAACCUCUGAGGCGCUCGACACACGAAAGAGCCCAGAGAGCGCGUCACCCUCCAUCCUUAUCUUGGAGAACAACUCAGACACAAACUGCCUGCCUGUGGUCAAGUGUAGUCGUAGUUCCAGUGGGUGUAAUAACUCGUGAUCUGAACCCCCAAAGCGUCCACCACCUUGUUGGUGUCCAACAGCCUCAAAAAGCUCAGCCCAAGUUGCCCUCAUCGCAGCAUGGUCAACACUAGCAGAGGCCUUGAUUGCACGAGGCACAUCCACGCUACUUGUUCCCCGCCCAGCCCUACUCCAACCAGUGACCCUAAAGCACAGCGUGUCCUUUCUGACGCUCCUGUUUCUGGUGUUAACAGCCCCUCCCUGCCAUUGCUCCUUGUCACCACUUGUGGUCCCCACUGAGCAUGCACCAUGAAAGGCUGACAGCAGAAUCCUAUAUCAUACAAUAUAAAUAUAUAUGUAUAGCAAUUUUAAUGGACUUUUUUUGUUGUUUUAAUUUAUUGUUCAUUCUGGUAAUGAGAAAUAAUAUAAUGUUUGUGGAUUUAUUUUCUUUUUCUUUUGUUGAAUGAUUCUUAUUUGCUGUACGGUAUUUAUAAACACAUACGAAUACACAGAAAUUCAAGCAAGCAAUAUAUGUGCUGUUCCUUUCUUCGGGGAGAGUGAUGUAUGACUUGGAAAUGCACUUUUGGGCUUUCUGCUACACAUUGUGGGGACGAUGCAGACGACACUAGUGACAUCCUCAACGUAUGGCUUUAACACAUUAACAUUUUUCUGCAUGUCGCGGGGGCUUGCAUAACGACAACUUUAUGCAAAACAUAUGCACCGUUUUGGAUCAGUGACCCUCUUUAAGUCAGUUCCCACGCAACACACAUCCUUCACUGUAUGCCAUGGGUGUCCAAAAUGCGGCCCGCGGCACGUUGUAACAAAAAGAGCAGAAAAAGAGAAAUCAGCAGUAAUUUUACAAGAAUAAAGUCAAAAUUUUCAGAGGAAAAAGUACUGUAGUACUCUAACGAGAAAAAGUCGUCAUUUUACGAGAAUGUCGUAAUAUUAUGACAAAACCACGAGUUUUUGUAAAAUUUGGGUGUGGGUAAAGUUAUAAUAAAGUCAAUGUGGGAAUAACGUCAGAAUUAUGAAAAGAAAAUGGAAAAGACUUUAAUUUUACAAGAAUAAGUCACAAUAUUAACAGGAAAAUUUUUCACUAUGUGGCCCUCAAAGGGGAAAAGUUUGGACACCCCUGCUGUAUGGACUUAUUUUUACACACACACACACACACACACACACACACACACACACACACACACACACACACACACACCUUUUUCUUUCCUUCUCAGGGGAUCUUUGAAUGAGCCAAGCCCAGCACAUCAGCACAACACUCUGAGGUGGAAGAAGUGCAAAUGUUGCUCUCCUGGUGCGAGAUGCUUAUUUAUUCAUCAUCUUGUCUUUUGACCCUUUUCUUUAUGAUGCAAGUUCCGCUCGGUUCUUUUGUUUGCCCGCGGCUCAAUCAUUGAAUCCCUCCAUGUCUUUUUAAAUUGUUGUCAGCAUUAUUUAUAAUAUUAUGUAACAAAUAUGAUGCAGGCUGUCCCAUUUGCUAAAUCUGUUGUUCUUGAAUUAUUAUUAUCAUUAUUAUUAUUAUUAUUAUUAUUGUAAAUAGCAACAUGGAAGAACACUGAUGAGUUUUUGGAAAGAAAAUCCUGAUAGGCUGCUUGAUGCUAAAAAUACCUCAGGUUCUAUUGAAAGGCUUUUCCUUCUCCUGUAAAUGUUUUGUGAAAAUGAGACAAAAUACAGACAUGACAAAAUACAAACGCUGCUUCUCCUUCG